CCGCUUCCGUCUCCUCCCUCCUCCCGCUUGUCCUCCGCUCGCAGUCGCCACCGAAGCGGCCGCUGCCGGGCGCCGUGUCGGGAGGUCGGUUGGCUUGGCCGUCAGCGUCGGUGUCCGUGCCGUUGAACUGCCCGUUAUGGCUGAGCUGGAUCCGUUCGGCGCCCCGGCCGGUGCCCCCGGCGGUCCCGCGCUGGGGAACGGGGUGGCCGGCGCCGGCGAAGAAGACCCGGCCGCGGCCUUCCUGGCGCAGCAGGAGAGCGAGAUCGCGGGCAUCGAGAACGACGAGGCCUUCGCCAUCCUGGACGGCGGCGCCCCCGGCCCCCAGCCGCACGGCGAGCCGCCGGGGGGUCCCGAUGCUGUUGAUGGAGUGAUGAAUGGUGAAUACUACCAGGAGAGUAAUGGUCCGACAGACAGUUACGCAGCUAUUUCACAAGUGGAUCGAUUGCAGUCAGAGCCUGAGAGUAUCCGCAAGUGGAGAGAAGAGCAAACGGAACGCUUGGAAGCCCUUGAUGCCAACUCUCGGAAGCAAGAAGCAGAGUGGAAAGAGAAAGCGAUAAAGGAGCUGGAAGAGUGGUACGCGAGGCAGGACGAGCAGCUACAGAAAACAAAAGCAAACAACAGGGCAGCAGAAGAAGCCUUUGUAAACGACAUUGAUGAGUCAUCCCCAGGCACUGAGUGGGAACGGGUGGCCCGGCUGUGUGACUUUAAUCCCAAGUCCAGCAAGCAGGCCAAAGACGUCUCCCGCAUGCGCUCUGUCCUCAUCUCCCUCAAGCAGGCCCCCCUGGUGCACUGAAGAGCCACCCCGUGGAACACUACAUCUGCAAUAUCUUAAUCCUACUGAGUGAAGCUCUUCACAGUAAUUGGAUUAAUUAUGUUGAGUUCUUUUGGACCAAACCUUUGUCUUUAGAGUUGAUCAUUGUUUGUGAUUGCAUGUUUCCUUCAACUGUGUUCUCCCUGGCAUUCUGAGAGGAGGGGGAGGCGGCGGAGGAAGAGAGGGAAGCCUCCAACGGUAGCCUCAGCCUGUGCUUUUGUGCAUUAUUCUGAGAAUAAAUUUCUGUUUCAA